AUGGCUUCGAAGCUGCCUCUACCAGCUCCACCGCGUACCCCGACGCCGCCUCCUGAUGAGGACGCGCCCCAGCCUGUGGGUCUAGGAUUCGAGGGUGAUCUGUCUUCCAGGACGCUGGCCGCGAGCGCAAAUGGGCUGCUGUCGCCCAUGUCGGCGACGUUUCCCUCGAAGCACGGGGCCAUGGACACGGAUGGGCCCUCGUUGAGCGGAUCAGAGAACGCCAAUCCAUUCAACUUCCAGUCUGUCACGUACCAACCAGGGCAGCCGCAGGCCAAAAGCAAUGACAUUGGACGAAGACGAGGACACAAGUACAAGCACAGCAGUGUAUCGCAUCAGAUAUUUCUAGAACCCGCCCCGCGCGCGCCGCUCCAGCUCCCCGCCUCGCUGCCCAUUCCGACAUUUAAAGAGUACCGGUCGUCCAUGUCCAAGGACCAGAAGCUGCGACUGGCAUGGUGCUUUUGUCACUUGGUCGUAGCUGGGCUGGUCCAAUGGGGUGCACACGAGUCCCUGGCACUGACGGUUCUGUCGCGCCUGAUAUUCUACGAUGCACUAGGCGCAUUUUUGUGCGUGGCUGUCGAUGUCGGGGCAAAUUUUGAAGUGUGGAAGCGCUCGAGCAUCCGUCACCCAUUUGGCUUUGAGCGGCUGGAAGUUAUCGCCGGGCUGGGCAUGUCGGUUGGCCUACUGUUCAUGGGACUCGACCUGAUCUCUCACGGGCUAACGCAUGCACUCGAGGACGCUGGCGGACACCACGCACAUCACGCGGACAGCCAUGAGCGUGUUUCACCAGGCAGCAUUGAUCUUGCUGCGCUGAGCGGAAUUGUGUCGACACUGGUGUCGGCCAUUGUGCUCAAGAACCAUGCCCGAAUUGGGAAGGUGAUGAGGCUGGGGGCGAUUGCUAAUCUGCCCUCGGUUCUCAGCAACCCGUCGCACUUUUUGACGCUGUCGUGCUCGUCGCUGCUACUCAUCCUGCCCCUGUUGAGCAUACAAAUGUACGUGUGGCUGGACCGGACACUUUCCUUUUCGGUUGCGUUUUCCAUGGUAGCACUAGGGUGGAUCCAGGGAUGGACGCUGGGCAAGAUGCUGCUCAUGUCCUACUCGGGACCGGGGGUGUCGGAAGUGGUGCACGAGCUCGAGGCGGAUCGUGCGAUCGGGAGGGUGGAGGAGGCAAAAUUCUGGCAGGUGCAUUACGGGUUGUGCCAGGCCAACCUGAAAGUGCGCGUCAGGAAUAUGGAGGAGAUUGGGCGUCUUCGGGACCGUGUGGGCAGCCUGGUGCGGAACCGGUUGGGCGGCGGGUACGGGAGCGGCGGGCAGAAAUGGGAGGUGUCGACCCAAAUUACUCUGGAAAAGGACUGAAUGGGUGCUGGGCGGCAUUGCAUCACGCUUAGGAUGCGCAAUACAAUUUCAUCGGCGCCCCUGUGGCGAGUCA